AUGGCAGAAGAAGUGGUUGUAGUAGCCAAAUUUGAUUAUGUGGCCCAACAAGAACAAGAGCUGGACAUCAAGAAGAAUGAGAGAUUAUGGCUUCUGGAUGACUCUAAGUCCUGGUGGCGAGUUCGAAACUCCAUGAAUAAAAUGGGUUUUGUGCCUUCUAACUAUGUGGAGAGGAAAAACAGUGCUCGGAAAGCAUCUAUUGUAAAAAAUCUAAAGGAUACCUUAGGCAUUGGAAAAGUGAAAAGAAAACAUAGUGUGCCAGAUUCUGCAUCUCCUGCUGAUGAUAGCUUUGUUGACCCAGGGGAACGUCUCUAUGACCUCAACAUGCCUGCUUAUGUGAAAUUUAACUACAUGGCAGAGAGAGAGGAUGAAUUAUCAUUGAUAAAAGGGACAAAGGUGAUCGUCAUGGAGAAAUGCAGUGAUGGGUGGUGGCAGGGUAGCUACAAUGGACAAGUUGGAUGGUUCCCUUCAAACUAUGUAACUGAGGAAGGUGACAGUCCUUUGGGUGACCAUGUGGGUUCUCUGUCAGAGAAAUUAGCAGCAGUUGUCAAUAACCUAAAUACCGGGCAAGUGUUGCAUGUGGUACAGGCUCUUUACCCAUUCAGUUCGUCCAAUGAUGAAGAACUUAAUUUUGAGAAAGGAGAUGUAAUGGAUGUUAUUGAAAAGCCUGAAAAUGACCCUGAAUGGUGGAAAUGCAGGAAGAUCAAUGGAAUGGUUGGUCUGGUGCCAAAAAACUAUGUUACCAUUAUGCAGAAUGAUCCAUUAACCUCAGGUUUGGAACCAUCACCUCCGCAGUGUGAUUACAUUAGGCCUUCACUCACUGGAAAGUUUGCUGGCAAUCCAUGGUAUUAUGGGAAAGUCACCAGGCAUCAAGCAGAAAUGGCAUUAAAUGAAAGAGGGCAUGAAGGUGAUUUCCUCAUUCGUGAUAGUGAAUCUUCGCUAAACGAUUUCUCCGUAUCACUAAAAGCACAAGGGAAAAACAAGCAUUUUAAAGUCCAACUAAAAGAGACUGUCUACUGCAUCGGGCAGCGUAAAUUCAGCACCAUGGAAGAACUUGUAGAACAUUACAAAAAGGCACCAAUUUUCACAAGUGGACAAGGAGAAAAACUGUAUCUUAUCAAGCAUUUGUCAUGA